CUUCGGAGAUUCGACAGUAUUUUGUGGAAGUGGUGGAAUUGGGCUUGUUUUUCCAAUCUACUUCAAGUUCGUCAUCUUGGAGUCUUGAGGCAACACCGGAGACCUUAAGAGCAGGGGUUUAAGAGCUGGACACAGUUAUGAUGGAUGGGUUCAUUGGAGAGCUGGACACAGCUAUGAAAGGUGGGUCCAUGCUCAUCGAAGAGCUGGUCACAGCUAUGAAGGGUGGGUGGAACUUUUCCCAACCUGAUCCGUCAUCCUGGGUUCACGAUGUGGAUUCAACUACGGCAGAUGUUGAAAAUACAUCUACAAAAAGAGCAGGAGAAGACACGUAUAGAGACCUACCCGUGAUUUUGCGUCAAGACGAAGAGGGAGGCCCAUUAUCAUCAGAGGCCGCUUCUACAUCACCCUCUCUGCUCGCAUCCACACCAGAGCCGUUCACAAUCAUCAAGCAGGUUGGUGUGGCCAAUAUCCAACUACGACUGACGCUCUCCCCAAACACAACUCUCCGCCUACAACAAAGGGCCGAAGAUGAUGAUCAGUGCACUUCAUCGGAUUCUUCUUCUGAAGAAACCAACGACGCAGACUACGAUGCUCAGGAUCCUGCAGGUGGGCAUGGAAACAGCCAGUUCAACGGUGCUUCGGAGAGAGUGCAAGAAGACCCCGUGAAAGGGGCCGGACAGGCAGACUCAGGAGCCUCAGGCGGGAAUGGUCGAGAUAGCCACGAUCGGGACAACGAGCCAAGGGAACAGAAAAGACGCAAGUUACGCCGUGCUGGCAGUAAUCGUCCAAGACUAGCCUGCCCAUACCAAGUGUUUGAGGCGGCAACGCUGGACUGUUUCCAACGGGGGCCUCGCAAUCCCCAUGGAGGCUGUGAAGAUAUCUAUCGACUUAGGCAACAUCUAGCCCGUCGCCACAUGCCAUCGCGUCGUUGCAUGCGGUGCUGGAAGUCGUUUGAGAGUCCAAACAUGGCGAGAGAGCACGAGCAGCAGUCCGGCUGUGAGGACAGACUUCUUCCAGAUUUGAGCGCUUGAUGCGGCCUGAGGAUGAGCUGUUCGUGCAACAAACCCAGACCAUCGCAUCGGAAGAGGACGCUUGGUGGGCGCUGUUCCAGCGACUAAUCCCAGACAUGGACGGACGAGAUGUCGACACACUGAAACUUGACUAUUCGCCUU